AUGUCGGACGUCUUCAGCAAAUCAGCACUUGCAUUUGGUAACCUGUUGAUAGUUCAACCAUGAAAGCUUUGGUACGCUAUAAAUUAAGCUAUAUAUUGCAUGAAAUUCCAGUAAAAAAAGGUGGCCAUAUGUUGGCAACGUAUAAGUUCGCCUUCCCUCCGCCCCCAAUACUUCUCGAAGUGUCCACCACUGGCUGAUCUAUAUGAUACCCAUCAGCCGUUUGUAUUUUAUCUAUUACAAUCCUGUUCUGCAAGAUAUGUAUUUUAAGAAAUAUUGAUCUUUUUUAUUUUAGGUCUAUCAUGUAGAAUAAAAAACGCAUCCAACCUAACUCAUAUUCCUAAAUUGACUGUAAAGGUACGACAUAUUUGUGUAGACAAUUCCGUUAGGAAAAUAAAAACAUAACGAAUAAGCAGCCUUAAGUUGUGCAAGAUUGCCUUAUUCUCUAGCGCCUUUUACCCAGGUUCGUCUUUUACGCACCUUAAGCUGGACACACAUGGUACGAGUUUUGUCCGAUGCAUAUUAAAACGAGAAAUAAUCAGCGAUAUGAUCUGCUGGCUCACUUUCGCGCUCCUGUACAUUGCUUUCGUUAAAAACCGUUACUCGGCCGACUAAAAUCGAGCCUGGUUACGCGUGGUUGACUGCUAUAAUGUAUGCUGAUUGUAUGAUGGCCUACUUCUCCUGUUGGUCAAUGUCUACAUAUUUUGUUGCAUGAUAUUUUCAAGACAUAGAUACAUUAACCUCAAUAUACACCCUUCCGGAAAGUAUGUUAGGCUACUUUCGAUAUAGAGCCACGUUUUCGUGUAUGUGACAUAUUAGAGACCUUACGAUUUUAGGACGGCAACGCGACGGCAACGGCUAUCAAUACAAUAGAUCAUUGAAAAGAAUUGAGUAAUUACAAUAAAUGAAUAAUUUAGACAUUGUCCUCGCUCUGUUUACAACGCCAAAUCACAGAUUUUCACGUGUUGAUACAACGGCUGCAUUCCAAGCCACAAUAAGUGCAACUUCAAACUGGGUUUAGCAGAACUCUUCCCAACCAUAAAAACCAUGUCUUCAACUUCUAAAACUGUAUUAAAUUCAUACGAUUGAUAAUAUACGACGAACUAUCGACUACCAUUUAUUUGAAGGAGUUUGUUUUGGCCGUCCCCGUCGCGGUUGCCGUCCUAAAAUCGUAAGGUCUCUAUUAGUUAAAGCCCACCAUCUCAAUCGUGAAAACGAGGCUGUAUAGCCAGGGUGACGUACUUUAGUGUAUAUUACCUUGCUUGAACUAAGAACUAUUGCAUGUUUAAAUUUGUGUGGUUCUAAAACGUACGUUUAUCCAUUUGAAAUAUGCAUAGAAAGACCGACACUAUUUUUGCGCUGAUCUAAAACAACCAACCCUUAAACAUUCCAUAUUUUAGGUUAGAGAGUUUUGUUUGGAAAGACUUCAAAAUUCUUUAGUGUCGAACUAUGAAAGAAAUAACAGGUAAACCAUGAGUAAACCUUAUUAUAAAGUGAAUACGAUCAACAUUUAUGAAACUAUAUAAUUCUAGUCCAGAAUCGUUUCUUGAUUGACAAAGUUUGUUAAAUAUAAACGUAUUGCUAUAUGGCUGCUUUUCUGGGUUCCUAUAUAAAGCCUGGUUGCAAGUGCGGGAAAAACAAUUAAUCUAUUCAGUUAUAAAACCUACAUGUGCACAUGGGUGUAUACAGUUAUUGAUUCAAAAAAGGUUGUCCUACAAAAAGUCUCAAACCUUAAACAUUGAGCGCGCAAUGUAUGAUGUGGGUAUUGCUUAUUUCGAGCCUUAGAUCGGGCAUUAGCUUAGUGAACCAAACAGCCCUACGUCGUUCAUUAUGUGCCCUAUAUAGCAUUGUUGCAAAGAAAAUUUACCGAGCUUAGGACUUUGAAAAGGUAGUUACCCAUCAUCCCUUGCGCGCUCAAUGUACAAGGUUUAUGAUUUUUGAAGGACAAUCUUUUUUGAAUUAGCUGUAUAUAUAGCAAUAUUUAGGUAUUAUCUGAUUAUAUUUUUCGUUAUGAUGUUUUAUCCAUGUUCAAUAUGCCAUAUAUUUAUUCUUGACUCAUUCAACUGGAUGAAUAUACAAGAAAGUGGAAGCAAAACAUAUUUGGAUUUUAGAACUACCGUUUUACAUUGAUUUCAGAAUUAUGAAAUUAUGAAUUACAAUUAUGAAUUACUAAUGAGAUAUAAGUAUUCAAAACGCCCCAUUCGGGACACAUUGCUUUGUAUAACUGUCGUUCAAUAGGUUUCAGCUCAGUGCACGUGAUGUCAAUUAAACAAAAGAAAAACUUAUAAGAAUCUCAUUAUUUGAUAUCUGCCUUUGUGUGUGACACUCAUAGGAAAGAUUGAAACCCACAUAUCUUCCAAAGAUCAUUCUUGCUUAACUGAUCAUCUUUAGCGAACAAAGCAAAGAAGAAUUUAACAAUGUUUGUUCAUCUAAAUGCUUGCCUUUAGAUAACCAUUGUCGUUGCCUAGACAAAGCAAUACUUAAAUAUUUAAAUGAGUACUAUAAAAUAUGACGUACGGUUCGCAUUCGAUACGUUGUUGUAUGUACGUCCUGGUAUGUCUCCUUCCUGCUGCGAUGCAUGGUUUUUGUCUUGUUCGCUUAAUGUAUAUCAUAAAUUUUACGGUAACUAUAUAGUUGUAGGUGUAUUAGCAUAUAGAAAUGACCAAGUAAUCAGUUAAACCUUAAACUGUGUAAUGUUUUGGCUGGUGUUUGGAUCCAGUGAUAUAUUAUACACAAUAUAUCUACAACUUCAUUCAUAUACGAAUUAUCGUUAACUUAAGAUCCACAGUUGGUGUUGAACAGUUGGCUGUGAACUUGGAGUACGAUGUUUUCCUCACGAACAGAAGUUCUCAAAUGUAUAAACUGAGCAUACAACAAAAGGUACUGUAGACGUUAUAUAGGAAGGAUCAACCAAGUGUAAAAUAUCAAUGUUUUCAACUAAAACACUGCACUACUAUAGUAAUAGACAGUUUAUAACAAACUGACAUCUUUAUAUUCACUAUAUAUUCGCUCUCUCACUCCUGUUCUUUUGACAUUAAAGUCAAGCAAUUCAGUAAAUGUACCAUACUCAAAAUUCUGUAUAUAGUAUGGUAUAUUGUCGGUGUGCAAUUUUCCACGGUGGUACGAACUUCUCAUUUGAAGACCUCUACCACGCGACCAUGCACCACGAACAGAUCACGGCCGCCACGUUGGAUGAAUUUAACAAGGUGUUUGCAAGUUCGCAAUUAAAAUUUCAUGCAACAUGGCGAAAAUCUCUUGGUUGUUUGAAGCCUGCGAUUAGUUGCACACCACAAUAAGCUGAUAUGUUCAACUUUGAAAUGUCAGUUUGGAUGUUGAUGAAAGCCGUCAUAAUAAGAGGCAAUUCCGCAAUUAUCAUUGACGCCAUAUAUUUAUAUACAGCAAUAUAAACAAAACUUACUGAACUUCAGACAUCAUUUUGUCUUUGGCGUACCAUCUAAAAUCUCUUCAUUUUAGCAUAAUUGUACAGAUAGAGCACUAAACAUACUUUUUAAGUUUGUUUGCCGCUUGAAUUUUGUCAUGACCAAGUGGAAAUGUAUUAUUCAUUAGUUUUGAGCGCGUGUUACGUAACAUACAAAAUAUUCAUUUCUCCUCUUAAACGAAUCAUGACGGUUAACCGGGCCAGCCCGGCUCCAUACAUGAAUAGCUCCAUAUAUGAAUAGCUAAACAGAUAAAAAGUCUGGAAACUGUAGUUGAUCUAUUUUAUGAUUAUAUAGCUUAGAUUGAUUCCAGUAUCAGUGUAAAGUACAUUCAAACGAGCUUUUAUGGUUAAGAAAUGUUCGUGAUGUGCACGAUUCAUCUCGGCUGGCCCGGUUACAUGAACAACAUAGGAGGGUAGGAUUUCCUUACUGAAUUCACUGAUGCAAUGUAUCAUUGUGUUUCCCUAUUUACUUAUUUAGGUAAAAGAAAUCAGCCAGUCAACAGAACGUAACGAAAUAUUUUUUGAUCGAAACCAUAACUCUAAGAGUCCAGCGCAGGUAAACUCUAUAACAUUGAUACAGUUCACUUUAUUUAGCAGUUAUUCGCCGAAGGCGAGGUGAUUAUCGGUGAAUAAAAACCGAGACGAAGUCGAGGUUUUUCACGAUAAUCAUCGAGCCUGCAUGAGGUGCAUAAUUGUUUUAGUAUAAUUUCUUAGGUGAUUAUUUGGAAAAAAAAAAUAAAAAAUACACAUUUCUUCGUCAUUUAAUUGACAAAAUCGCUUAGGUGAUUGUCGCGUUAUAAUCACCUCAACGGCAACCAAUCAGCGUGGAGAAUUUUCAAUAAUCACCUAUAUAAUUAUACAAAUGUAGAUUAAUCUCUGACAUUGCAAACCUUCCCAAUUGUUCCCAGGAUUUAAAGUAGACUACUCCGUUACGUAGAACCAGUGAAUAGUGAUAUAUACUGUAGGCCACUGAUUGCAUGCCAUAUCACGAAUACUGAUAAUCAAGUGUCAAAUUAGAAAAAAGACUUGAAAGGUUGAAUGUCGAAAUUGUGCUGGUCAUAAUAUAACUAUAUUCUAUAACAAAUUGUAUGACUUAUAAUGAAUUGCAAAAGUUAGGACCAUGAUAAUUAUAAUUUACAUUAAACUGUCCAUUCUUAUAGUUUUCCAAAAUCCAAUAUAACAUUGGCCACUGUAUACAGUAUACUAACAAUAGACUGUACUGUUUAUUGCAUUAUAUCCCCAAUGGCCUCGUUUUCAUGUGGUUAUUUCCUCAUGUUUCGUCACAAUAAGGUCAAGCUUGCCGCACACGAAAGAAACUUGCUGAGCUGACCGCCUCACGUGGCGGCUAUAGCUCAGCUAUGCAUUUUCACCGCACACGUUGGCCGCUACUCAACAGUAGUCAACAGCAACAUCGUUGAUAAAAUCGUUUGCAUUUCCCUCCAUUAUCGCGAUUUUGACCAAAAUCAUGUGAAGAAACUAUGGAUUCUCAUUGGCUAGUUAAUUCGCGCAGCUCAGCACUAAGCUUGCAACAUCCACAGACGUUGAAAUUUUUCCCUCACGAGGUGAAAAAUAUCAAACACGAUAGAUAUUUUCCUCAAGUCCUCGAGAGGUGAAAUCCUCACGAAAACUAUCCGCACACGAGAGUAACAUGCUGAGCUAGCUGCCACGCGAGGCGGUUAGCUCAGCAUGUUCCUUUCGUAUGCGGAAGGCUUUAACGAUAUAGGCCUGCGAUUGGGAUCAAGAUCAAAGAGAAACAUAUUCGUGCACGAAACAUGCGGAUAUAACCUUCAUGUACGCCUGCCAUGCUAACCAGGCAAACAUGGAAACGAGGUCAUUGGGGCAAAAAUGCAAUAAACAGUAAAGUCUGUUGCUCAACCUUUUUCACUGCAUUAUAUUGUUGGUACAAAAUUUUAUUUUUAUUUUCCAUAAUUAAUUCUUGGAAUGUAGAAUAACGAAGAAAGUGAUAUAGAAACAAAGUUUAAAGAAGGUCAAUUUAUUAAGGCAUCUGAGUUACUGUCGGUAAGAUGUCUGUUGUUUGUAGAAGUGAAUAAAAAUAACCAAUCUAUUAGCAUUCCAUGCAGCAACAAACUAGCAUUCGACACAAACAUUUAACAUUUGUAUGAGAAGAUAUCAGGUGUCAUGUCUAGUAUAUAUACAUGUGAAGCUUGUUUUUGGUUGGAAUUUUAACAGAUUGCUAAAAACACAUGCUUAAAACUGCUAAGAACACCUGCAUAUGUUACGUGUUUCUUCCAUGUUCUACAAUUGAUAAACCUUGUUCACUGCAUAUUGUUGGAGUAAAAUAUUAACUUUUCUUCUCCGUGAUCUCAGCAUGUACAGAGUAACGACGAAAGUGAUAUAGAAACAAAGUUCAAACGAGGUGAAUUUGUUAAAGCAUCAGAGUUACUACAGGUAAGAUGAGGACUGUUACUUUAGUCUUUGACUAAUCUGAGAGCGUAACACACUACCUUACCCCCACGCAAGUUUGUCGUGUUCAGUUGCAUGUAUGUAAGACUUUGAGUAGAGGCCAGACCAAGGAUUGAACCCAGGUCUCCCGGGCGGGGGGGGGGAGGAGGUCAAAAACAUUUUCCGGAUUCCAAUUUUUUCAUCGCAAACGUAACAAAAGCUAUAAAAUUGUUAAAAAUGCGAACUAUUUCAUAACUUUGGGCAACUUCGACCAUCUUUUAUCACAAAUUUUUACCAAAUUUUUCCCAGUUUUACCUUCAAUUUUAAGCAAAUAUCAGUUCCAUUUUGACCAACUUUGGGCAAAUAUCACUUCCAUUUUGACCAACUUUGACCAACGUUUGAAUUAUUGGGGGUGUUACACCCCCCCUCCUAUAGCGACGUCCCUGCUUGAAAGGCAAGCGUGGUGACCACGACACCACAAGACACCACAAUCAGUAACAGUACCAGGUUGCAACAUAAUAGUAUCAAACAUCUCAAACAACAUUAGAGAGGUUCAGAUUGAACGAGGUUGAUUCUGACUUCGACUACCACUACCAUUAACCAAUCAGAUGCAUAUAUUCUAUCCGAUUAAUUAACCAAUCAGAUGCGUAUGAGUGGAAGUAGAAGUCAAAUCUGAACCUAUCUAUUAUCGUUACUGUAUUGUACUUUUUAAUAUAGUAGUUUUAAUAGCAUAUUUUAAUGGUAGUGGCAGUACAGUUUACUCCUAUCAGAAGCAAUAAUGGGGCUUCGGUGGCGAAGUGGUUAGCACACUUGCCUUUCACCUCUGAGGCCGCAGGUUCAAGCCUCAGUGAGAACCUUCUCAAUGCGACUCGAACCCAGUCCUCAUGUGAAAAGAGUAAAAGUCAACGCUCUGCCGAAAGUCGUGGGUUUUCUCCGGGUACUCCGGUUUCCUCCCACAGGGAAAGUUUGACAGGGUGGGGUGGGUUAGGGCCCACAGUAAUUGGCAUAUGCUGUUGUGGUGACCCUGCCCUAGUUCGCAAAUCUAAAUAAAUAAAUAAAGUAAUUAGCAGUAUAAGUGGACAUUUCAAUAGUGGAACAAUAGAGUCAUUGCAUGUCCAGAGUCCAGACUCUCCUCCACCAACGUGGAAAAGAGUGCAGAAAAAAAAUUUAUGCAUGAAGAUGACAAGUGUUUUUUCAUUUGACUUAAUUUGGAUAGAUUAAAGGAGAAAGCUUUGAAUCAAACGAAGAUACGAGACUAAAGGUGAGAUGCUAUAAUUAGGAGGAACUUGUAAUUUAUUCCUCGAUAACAACAUCAGUUCGGUAAAAAUAAAAUACGUUAACAGUAGCAGUAUACAUGCAAACUAAACAAGAAAUGUCAAUUUUAAAUUGACUCGCUUGCAUCGAUUGUAUUUAGUCAAGAACAAGAGAUCUUGGUAAGCUAAAAUAUGGUAUUAACAUUAAUGCUACACAUAGUUUCACAUCAUGCAUUUAUCAUACACCCAACUGACCCAAGUGAAUCAGCCUUGAUCAUGCAAAUGAGGAUGAAAGUUGAUGAGAGUUGUCUGUCACGCAUUGCUAUACGGGGGAGCUCUAGAUUAAGAGGAGAUUUUUUUGUAUGUUACGUAACACGCGCUCAAAACUAUAAUAUAUCACUGUGCGUAUAAUAUAUCACUUGAGGUCAUGACUAAAUUCAAAAUUUUUAUUUUUCAAUACGUUUCUCAAUCGGCAAACAAACUUAAAAAGUAUGUUUAGUGCUUUAUCUGUAAAAUAAUGCUAAAAUGAAGAGAUUUUAGAUGAUACGCCAAAGAGAAAAUGAUGUCUGAAGUUCAGUAAGUUUUGCUUAUAUGGCUGUAAAUAUGGCGUCAAUUUUAAAGCAUCAUUGAUAAUUGUAUUUUAAUUGACAAUUUUUAACUGUUAUUUUAUGUUUCUCAACCGGCAGAUGCAUUUAAAAAGGUAGCUAACUCUAUAAACUAGAGAAUAAAGCUAAAACGAAGUAAUUUUGAGAGGAACGCCGAAAAGAUUUUAGGUUUUGAACACUUUUCAUUGCAAAUAUACGUGACAUUGAAAAAAAUAAAGAUUUGAUGAGUAUUCCAACUAUUUUCAACUUAAAUAGAAUACAUGAUCAUGUUGGGAAAGCAUCAAGAACAGCUGGCCAAGGUCGCGUGACUGCCAACUCUCAUAUAUAUACACUCUCACCUUUUGAUCCGGGCAUUACUGUACCUUGAUUUUGUUUGUACAGGUUAAACACGAAGUUGAUGAUGCUCUGUCUUUGUCUUCACUGACUGAAUUUACUAGAUCAUCAGAGAUCCAGGUACUGUUCAUUCUAAUUUAUCAUGUGUUGUUUCGUUUUGGGAAUUGGGAAUUGGGAAUUGGUAAUGUAUUAUAUAAGUAUAUAGAGAUUUCCGUAUUAUAGUAAUUAAGUGAAAUGAAAGUGGUAUCUUUAUACGGCGGAUGAUUUUUUGCACGUGUGAAAUCCGUCUGAUUCGUGAGAUGAUUUCUCUCGCAUGUAGAAGAAGAAGCUCUUAAUUUGUUUGAGAUUCUAGUAAGAAAGUGAAGAAAUAGAUGGUAAGAGAUAUUCGUUCAGUGAUGUAGUGUCAGGCUUUAAAAUAUCGGUCGGUCACGGACAUUGUCCGACCCAUUCGUGAAAUUGUCCGACGUAGAAAGGAAACCACCGGACAUUCUGUCCGACCAAGGUGAAACUGAGGUUUAUUGUUUGUCCGACCCGAGUGUAUUGGUGUCCAACCGAACUGUAGCUUUGUCCGACGUAAAUCAAAAUGUACCCUAGCCCAGGACUAGAGGCUUGUAUGCUAAAUGGAAAAUCAGAGUACUAUUGUAUAAAAGGUGAACUGGAAAUGUUGUUUUAAUUAACGUAGUCGAGCGUGGGGCGGCGAGCGAAAUAGUGAAGUGGAAAACGGGCUUAAGUUGUCGAAGUCUUUUUUUAAUACUGCUGUUCUGGAAAGCAAGUUAAUUUUGGCUUGGAAAUAAGUAUGAAAGGAACAAAUUAUUUAAUAUCUUUACAACAUUUACCAUUUAUUCAUUUGUGUCAUUCAGACUUAUUUCCGAGUCAAAACUGAACUGAAGGUCAUCGGACAUAUGUCCGACCCAAAUUCAACGUCACCGGACAUGUUGUCAGACGGCCUUGUAAAAGAUAUUUUAAGGCCUGAGUGUUGAUAUAUGUGAGUCAGGGCUAUAUAAUUAUCUCUAUAUAUACUCACUAUAUAAUAAACACUUUAUUUCAUGGUUGCUUCUUUUGUAUGAUUGUUAUUAUUUACUCGUUGUGAAGGAUGGACAAUGAUGCAACUUUCGUUAAUAGAAUACGCACUUCCAUGAAAUAAUAGAUUCUAAAUAGAAUACAUGUUGGGAAGGCAUUAAGAACAGCUAAAUGUUAUUUUUACUGUAUUCAGUUCAUCAGAGACAACGAGACCAGUAAUAAUGCUACGGGUGGGUCAUUGUCCCGUGGGUUCUUGUUAAUCAAAAAUACCAACAGAAGAAUUGGUGCAUGCAUUAUGUAGAUUAUACUGGGAACCAUCAGACAGGUAAACAGCUUUGCUUGUUUUUCUAAUACAGGUUAAGCGGGAGACGAAUCGUAUUGACUUAACUUCGGAGGACGAGGUAUACCACUGAACAUUAAAAUUCUCUUAUUACUAAUUACUGUACUAAACUCCCAUCUUUACUGCGUAAAUGCUAGUACUGUACUUUAUCUUACUUCCCUAUACUAGUUUAUGUUGUUUAGUUUUUUUUAAACGGGGCGUCUUUUUUAAAACAGGAUACACUUAAAAACACUAACGACAUUGCAGGGAUCACGGUAAGCUGGAUAUUUUAUAAAAUUAUAAAAAAAUGCUAACAUGUAUGUAGCCCAAAUGCUGCGUUCCAGUCACGCGUUUUUGUACGUACGGAAAAGUUUAAAUCUUUUUCAAUUUAACACUAGUAUGAAUUACCUGUACAAUUGCACAUUACAUCAUUCACAAAACUAUAUAAUACUUUCCUUUUAUUUAUUCAGUUAUUUCAUAAGUAACAUUUAAAGAUAUUUCAACUUUUCCGUGCGUAUACGCCCGUAUGAAAAACGUGUGACUGGAACUGCAGCCUUAAGGAAGAAAAGGUAUGUGCAGCCAAAACAGUGAUUCGUAUUCACUAUUUCUGUGUAACUGAGAUGUACAUUGCAGGACUUUGAUUAAUAUUUAUGCAGGAACAUUUGAUGUAGCAUCUGAACAGCUAGUUUGCUUAUAGUACACUCUAUAUUAAUAAAUUUGGAUGCUUUAGUUCUAUAAUAUUUAAUGGAGUGCUUUAUGAAACGUCCAGGUUAAACAAGAAAAUACUGAUCUCGAAGAAGUUGCAGAGACCACGGUAAGAAUAUUAAAUAUAUUUACUUUCAUAUAUCAGCAGCAUAUUCCUAACAUUAUAAGUUAUGAUGACGUGUUUAUGGCUGUCAUGUUUCUAUUUUUUAUUGAAGUCGUUUUGUGAAUCAUCCAGGUUAAAGAAGAAAAGAUUGAUCCUGAAGAAUUUGCACAGAUCACAGUAAGAAUUUUUAAACAUUUACCAUACCUAUAUACAAGCGCCAUAUUCCUAAUUUUAUAACAUAAUCAUUAUUAACUUCUUGUUAACCGAAUGCGAGGUCCGUACAGAGAAAUAUCGGACCGAGGUCUUGUGCAGACCCACCCCGUAGAGCGAGGUUUGUAUAAAAAGACCGAGGUCCGAUAUUUCUCUGUACAUACCGACCAAGCGAGGUUAAUAAAAACUUUAUUAUAUGCAUGGCAUUUAUAGGCAUUUAUAUACUUGAAACAAACAAGAUUGCAUGAUUUUAAAUACAUAUUAGUAGCGUGGUACACAUUUGGUAGAAGAAAACAAAAAGUACCAAUGUAUACCUUCUUUUUAAUUCACUGAAAACCAUUCGCAGGUAUCUUAUUAAUAACACAUUAAAUUAUAAUUUUCAAACUUUCAAUUAGUUUUGCUGUUUUGUUUUAAAACGCAUGCGUUUGUUUUUUCCCGUAAUGGACCGCCGGUCCAUUACGGGAAAAUAACGGACCGCUGAAAGUGUUUCUAAGCCAAUCACAAUCCGCCAUUUCACCGGAAGUGAUGCUUGCCAUAUACAUUUUGUAUUACAAUCUCUGAAGUUGUUUAUGAAACGUUCAGGUUAAACAAGAAAAGAUAAAUCGUGAAGAACCAUCUGAGAUUAAGGUAACACAACAUUAAUUCAUGCAUCCUGCAAGAUAUGUAACAUUGGCAAAAUUAUGUGCGUUCGGAGCGCGUGUUAUGACUUGAAAUGACUCUCGUGUGAAAUUGCAACCACACCCGUAAUGAAUAAUACCUUUCCACCACUUGUAUUCCAUUUGUAGUCCACGAUAUUAUAUUUUUAGCAUAUGGCUAUGCCGAUAAUUCUAAAUAUUGAUGUAAAUAUUGAUAAUUCCUGUGAUAAUUCUAAGUAAUGUUUGGAUUUUGUCGGCGAUAUAAGAUAAAUUUAAGUAAUGUAGCUAUAAAUUAUAUUGUAUUUUUGUAGCUAAAACUACAAUUUGACAUGCAGAAGUCUGUUGUAAUUUAAUUAUUUUUCGCGGUGAAAGAUUUCGUCGUUAAUCUUUCGCAAAUGCAGGGUAAUACCCUCAUUUGAUUUGUACGUUUUACGCAGUACUGACAAAUAAUAUUAUAUUGCCUUCAGAGCCAAUGUAAGAAUGACACAUAGUGACUCUUUGUUUGUUGCUGUUGGUGACUGGAAAGGGCUCUGACGUGUUGCCUAAUUGGCCCUGUAUCUUUAUCUGCACGCAUGAUGUUGAUUAAAUUUCCUAUAGAAAGCCGACUUUUGGUGGUGGUAAACGCAACCUGUAACCCUUUGCACAUCUUAUGGUAAUUUGCUAUUUGAAAUAUUAUUUAGGUCGAACAGAUUGAACAGGGAGCUGAAGACAUGGAUAUAGAUUGUAUGGUAAGUAAUGCCUGUUGCAGAACAGAUACAAUUUUUAUGCCAGCAAGCAUUUAGGGUAAAAAGUAGUGCGAUUUAAUCAGUUUGUGCCGAAAGUACAAACAAUGAAUGUUUAUAAGUGCAAUGGUAAAAACAUUUUCAUGAGGUGAAAGAUGGAAGUUUUCAUUCCACGAGGCGACAGUCGAGUGAAAUGGAAAAUCCCAUCUUUUACCGAGGGCGUGCGAAAGUAAGAUCCUGGGUACGAGGUUGGAUCAAUUUUAUCGAAUUUUUAAGUGAAUUACUGUCGAUGCAAUAGAAGUGUUGAUAAAAUAUUGCAUCAAUUCAUUUCCUCAAGUUGAUCAAUUCAUGCGAAUUCAAAUUUCGAUUCUGAAACGAAAUCUAAUUGGCUUAUCUAGAAGUAACAGGAAGUUGAUCAAUUUUCUAUCAAAUGAAUUGAUCAACUUGAGGAAAGGAAUUGGUGCAAUAUUUUAUCAACACUUCUAUUGCAUCGACAGUAAAUACAAAACAAAUACAUACCUUGUUCAAAAAUAAUUAAAAUCCAACAAAAAAGUGCAAGCAAAUGUUUUAGUGAAGAAUUAAUAUGAUAAUGGUGGUCAUUUAUCGUAAAAAUUAUCGUAAACGUUAUCGUAAACAUAUUGCAUUUUUACACCCGUAUUUUUGCUAUAUAGUCUAUUUCGAAACUUUUUUUAUGCAAGAUUUCGCAAGUUUGUACAGGUACGAAUUGAAAUUAAUGUCAGAAAUUGAUAUUAAAAUUUGUCAGAAAGCGUAAUGUUGUGCUCUCUUGAAACGUUAAAGUAUGACAUUAAAAGGAAAUUACACUGUUCUCGAUACUAAAAGGAAAUUACACUUAUUCGAAGACAUAGUAUUUUUGAAUAAAUGCAAAGGCGUAUGUUUCCGAACAAACUAACACACUAAAAACUAACAGACUAACAAACCCACCUUACUCACGCAGCAAAUACGAAGCGAUGCCUAAAUCGCACACGAGAGAAAGUUGCUGAGCUAACCGCCUCGUAUGGCACGCGUGGGUUGGGGAAACUACUCAACAGUAACAUCGUUGAUAUGAUCGUUUGCAUUUCCCUCCUUUGUUGCCAUUUUGACCAAAGUCACGUGAAGAAACUAUAGGUUCUCUUUGGCUAGUUAUUCAAACAGCUCAGCACUAAGCUCGCAACAUCCACAGACGUUGAGAUUUUUUCCUCACGAGGUGAAAAAUAUCAAAUACGAUAGAUAUUUUCCUCAAGGCCUCGACAGGUUGAAUCCUCACGAAAACUAUCCGCACACGAGAGAAACAUGCUGAGUUAGCCGCUACGCGAGGUAGUUAGCUCAGCAAGUUUCUCUCGUGUGCCGGCAGUCUUAACUUCGGUUGGGCUCUGCAAUUCAUCUUUUCAUUUUCUGUGCAGGAUGACGAAGCAGGACAGACGAACACUAGUGAUACAGAGCCUGGAAGGGCAGGAGCUGAGACGGUGAGUCCUGAGUGUUCUGUACGUGCUUGUAGGUGAGAGAGAUAACGGUAGAGAUCGUGUAUUUUAUACAAUAUCCUAUGUUCAGUAGCAUUCCAUUGUUUCUGGUGAUAGUGAAUUGCAGUUAUUACAAUCUCGAUUCCAGAGCCUGCGAUCCUCGGGAAGGAAUCGAAGGCUCUGAGAUAAUCCGUUACCGGAAGCCAAGAAUCCUGGCUAAGAUUGAACUACGCAUUCCAUUUCAAUGGCCAAUCAGAUUCCUCGCUGAAACGGAUUAUCCCAGAGCCUCUCGUUCCUUCCCGAGGAUCGCAGGCUCGGGGAACUAGAUUGCAGUUAUUAGUCAUCCUAGCUUAAAAGAAUUAUUGUGAUGGUUUUUCAUAAUUUAAAACACCGCCUGACACCCUUCUUCCAAUGUCAACUGAGUCGUGAAUAAAAUUUUAUCAUACUAAUGCUUUCUUUCACAGACCGAGAGUUCUAUGUCUGUUGUUACAAUAAGUUGUUCGACCAUAAAGCCUUUACAGGGGUAGGUUUUUUUUUAUUUAUUUGCAAAUUAUCACCCAUGCAGUUCCUCAUUAAUACUUGAUUUAUUCCACUUGCACAAUCCCUUUACCCAUAACAUUAUACUGUCAGAGACACAGAAAUAGAAAUAUAAGACUUAUUUCUGUACCUGUGGCCUCAGUUAUCAUGGGAGAAACAUCCCUCCUAAUAACAUUGUGCAUAUUUGUUUUUACUCGUAAGGUCACCAAGUGGAGAUAGCCCCAAGGCAUCAAUAUUACAAACUUUGAAACGGCCAUCGAUUAGUAAAGAUGUUCAGAAGGUAAUCUUUGGUAAUUUCCUGCUAUGAAUAUUCGUACAAAGGGUUCGUACAAAACUUGAAUGUCCUUGAAUUUGAAAACAAAAAUUCAAGGCCUUGAAUAUCCUUGAAUUUGUAAAGAAGUACUUGAGAGUCCUUAAAUUCCUCUUGCUUCAGUUUUAUUAUGAAUAUUUUUUUUUCUGAAAUUGUUUGACAUUCGAAACGGACAUUUUGCUAAUGAAUUGAUUUUGCAUGUUCAUAUCUGACAAAACUGUUUGAAAUUCAUUAGAGUUGCGUUUUGAACAAUUCAACGUCACAUAUUUUACUGAUUUCUAACUCCUUCUCUUCAGUAUUUAGUUCUUGAAUUUGCUGAUACUCGGCUGAAUGUCCUUAAAAAAUCCUUGAAAUUGACUCUUCCUGACAUGUACGAACCCUGUAAGAAUAACGUAUACUGAGUAUUGUUGUGUAAUAAGGGAGUGUGGGGAUGUUCCGAUAAACCACCUCAGCCUAAUCAACACAACUACAUGUGGAUUAGUUAACAUGAUAGAAAUUAAUGCAGAAUAAAUCUUGUAAUAACGCUGUUCUCCUGUAAAUACACAAGAAUCCAAGCAAAAUACAGGAUACUCAUCUAUCGCACGGAUAGUGAAAGCAUAAGAGGUGUUUAUUGGUUUUCAUAUAGAUUAUUGCAAAAAGAGAGAAACAUCCACCCAAGUCAGAAUACGACAUACCAAGUCUUCCUCCAUUACCUUCUCUGACGGAUUCCUACAACAAAACUACAUUUACGGCAAAGAAACCAGAUUCCGUGCCUAUUAAGGAAGUUAAACAUGAACAACAAAGUAUAUCACCAAUUCUGUCCCAAGGCUCAUCAAAUAUUUCGCCAGGACUGCAGACAGGUGCUUCUAUUAAGCAGGAAUCGUCCAAAACUGUUCCCCAAGUAACUUCAUCCGAUAUUCAACCAACGUUCUCUUCCGCCAUUCAAUCGUCAAGCUCCACUUCUCUUCGACCUGGUGGUACUUUGCCACAGACUGUUUCAUUAGUAAAUUCCGCCCGAGUAACCUAUACUAAUACUCAAUCAGGACCGCCAUACAGUAUUAAUUCAGUAAAUGUUAGUAGCGUACAACCCGGUAGUAACACGCGAGAUUUUUCUCCAGUGUUUUCACUUGGGACAUCAUCCAGUGUUGGUGCGCCAACCACAUCUUUCCAAGGCGCUUUACGGACCAAUACGUCAAAUAUUCAAACUAAUUAUUCAUCAAGUGUAUCAUCCACAUACUCCACAGGAAUUCAUCAAGGUUUUCAAACCGCGCAUGCUCGAUUCAUACCACCACCGUAUCCGGCAUCAUACCCACCAGGUGUUCAACCAACGCCGGGAAUUCCGUCGGUACCUUUGGAUCCAAGGCUAUAUCAUGGGAUAAGUCAACCCCAGAAUGGAUCUGUGAUCACUCCAUCUUCUAUGUACUUCCAACACAACCAUAGAUUAUCAUUUCCAAUGAAUAUUAAUGGCACUAUCACUCCUGGUAUGCAAGUUCGGGUACCAUUGUCUUCACAGGGUGGAAUACCUGCGUCUAAUACACAGUGUAAUUUACAUUCAACUUCUAAUAUUUCGAAAACAUCUUCAAAAACUGAAACAGUAAAAAGUCAUCUGCGUUCCACGGGGAGUAAAGUGGCGGAAAAAUCGAAAACUAAUAAAAAAGACUGCGCCGAUAUCAUUGUGAGAUACCUAACUCCGUAUUAUAGAUCUGGAGAAGUGGAGUCAAAGGUAAAAAUUGUUUACGCUAGGUUGAAAUUAGGAAGAAGAGAAAGUGAUGAGCAUUUAAAAAAUAUUAAAAUUGUUCUGUGUAUUAUUAUUUGUGUAUCAAAGUAUCUUUAGAGAGAAUAAUAAUGCACGCUUAGAAAGUGCAACAAGAAUAGUACUUGUGAUAGUGAUACUGCGAGUGUAAACGUUAUACAUUUAUUUAACCUAAGGAGCAGUUGCGAUAAAUGGGCUAUUCCAAUUUUUAUCCGCACCUCCCCCCCCCCGCCCUGUUGAGGAACCUUGGAAUUUCCAGGGGAGGGGGUACAUUAACCUUGGAAUUUCCAUGGGAGGGUGCAUUAACCCUGGAAUUUCCAAGGGAGGGGGCAUUCAGGCUCUGGAAUUCCAAGGGGAAGAGUAAUUCUCGCAUGGAAUUUCCAGAGGGAGGGGUAAAUUUCAUGGGAUGGAAAUUCCAUGGGAGGACAUAUGUUAGAAGGAAAUUUCUGGGAGUAAAUGUCCCAUGAUGGAAAUUCCAUAGGGAGGGGUAAUUUACACAUGGAAAUUCCAUGGACAGGGCCUAAUUUAAAAUGGAAAGUCCAUGGGGAAGGGUAAUUUUUACAAGGACAUUCCAUGGGAAGGGGUAAAUUUUACAUGAAAAUUCGCGGAAAUUCCAGGGAGUACCGACGUGAGAAAGGGUUUCUCAACAGGGGGGGGUGCGGAAAAUUUUUGGAAUAGCCUAAUGCAACUAUAGACCCUCUGACAGGAAUCCAACCUGCUCUUGGUCUAAUAAAUGUAUAAAAUUUACACUCGAAAGUUGCAUCUACAAAAACCCAUCAACAAAUAGUUCUAUCGAGUGAGAUUGCCCAAAGUCCUAUGAUACUGCGUCUGUCCUCUGCAGCUUGUACCUGAUCUGUAUAGCCCAGACCUCUGCUUCAUUUCUACCUGUGAUUUUAAAGGUAAUUGCGUGUAAGUUAAAUGCUUGCAAGCUUGCCAUUCAUUAUGUGUAAGAAGAGGAUUACAUCGUAAAGUGCAAAGAAGUUAUUUCUAUGGACAUGCUCAGGCCAUCCGAGGAAAAAAUAUCUAUUGACUGGGUGUGUGCAGUAAGGAGAGAGUUGUCAAUACUUGCAUGUUUCUAAUUAUUAAACAGUGAUUUAUUAUCGUUUAGUCACUAUUCAAGACUCUUGCAAAAGAAAUGACCGAGAGAUUGGUCCAAACCAUGGGAGGUGUUUCUAACGACAAAUGUAAGUGUAGCAACAGUUGUCCACAGUACGUCUUAUAUAAAGCAGAAUUUAAAAUAUCCACAAAACCUACUACAGUUGCAUUAAAGUAAUUUAACUUGACAAGAACUUGAAUGACCCCAUGUUUUAUAAAAUGCUUCAUUUCUAUGACUACGAUUCUGAACUAUUCUGUCGAUCCUUCGCUCAAGACGUCGGAGGUUUAUCCUUAAUUGGGAUAUUUCUUAAUCUUAUACGUUUGUGAUGUUACUGUGAGUGUAUAUCCACACCGGACAACCUUGAAAAAUAUGCCUGGCCACUGUCGGAAUCGAACCUACGACCUUUGGAAUACUAGCCCAAUGCUCUGCCAACUGAGCUACGCGGUCAGGAUCGGUUCGAGUAUGUGAUAUUUCGGAACUGAGUCUAGUUCCUUCGAUAUCAAUGCAUUCUAGCAUAUGAUUCUAGUAAUCAUGAUUUUUUCUGUGUUGGUGUUAUGUACUCAGGUGAAUAUGUUUGUGAUGUUACUCUUGAGUGUAUGCAAACUUGACCGCGUAGCUCAGUUGGCAGAGCAUUGGGCUAGUAUUCCAAAGGUCGUAGGUUCGAUUCCCACCGUGACCAGGCAUAUUUUUCAAGCUUGUCCGGUGUAGAUAUACACUCAGAGUAACAUCACAAACAUCAUAUUCACCUUAGUACAUAACACCAGCACAGAAUCAUUUCUUAAUCUGCUGGGAGCCAACACCUUUGUAUUUCAACACUGGGGCCUGCGUUCACAUAGCAUUCAUGCAGUGCCACCCAGUACAGUACAGGACAGACUACAACGCAGUGCAGUACACUAAGGCCGCGUUUACACUAUAACACUGCGGCUAACAUUCCGUUAAAAAUUUACAACGUUUCUAGUAUUGAGACUAUAUUGUGUUUACACUAUAACGGAGUGGUUUGCCGCAGCUUUACUAACUACGGGCCACUACAUAACUACAGUUCUAUUAACUACGGGCCACUCAAUUUCGUUAAAAAUUCACUACGCUUCUUGGUAUUGUGUUUACACUAUACUGCACUCCGGAUUCAAAUCACUACGCUACGGUAAAUUUGCCAUAGCGUCAUAGUGUAAACCCGUAGCGUCGCAGCCUAAAGUAAAGUACAAUGCACUAUAGUACUACAAAUACACAUACUUUGAUUUUUAGUGCGAAAUACAGCACGAUCUUUGGUGAAAGUGUAUUUUGAUGACAAGCGUCGAAAAUCAUCGAAAGCAAAGUAAUGAUGGGUCAGUCUGUGUGACAAGUGGAAAAGAUGAGGAAGAGGUCAAGAGAUGCAUUAAGCUGGUGUUCUGCGAGUGGUUCAACUUCACGAGGCUGCUGUAAAAGGUGGUCGUGAGGUCUGAGAAAAGAAUAUCUCGACAAGAGAUUAUGAAAAACGUGUGAAAAAUAACGCACAAGAAUCUUAAUUGCGUUCUGUUCCUUUAAAUUAUGUUCGAAAUUGGUGUGCUUAGAAAAGAAUGAACAAAAUCUAUCCCACCUGAGGGUAUAUUGGAUUGAAGCUUUUGUGGUGUUGAUCAUGCAUGCAUAUAUAUACAAUCUUUGCCAAUAUUCAUUGGGACAAUCCAGUUUAUACAUGCAUUCAGAUGUAUUUUACCAUUUUUUUAAAAAUACAUUUACCCCUCACUCCCUCCUCCCCCACCUGUUUCAUUGUUGCCGUCUGGCGAGCAGACGCUGGUUGUUUGUGGGUCAUCAUUGAACGGGGGGGACUAGUCAUUGAACGGGGGGACGAAUAAUGUAAAUUAAAACAGUUACGGUAUAUGUCCCAUCGUUUUUGGCAAAGAUUGUAGCUAAAACCGUUGACUAUUUCAAAUUUGAUUGGUGUUAAAAACGCUAUAAAACAGAUACGUCACUAUUAUGAUACAUUACUGAAUAAAAUAUUUCCCUAACGUUUUACGUCAAUUACGUGUUUGGAACCAUUUGGCUGGUUAGAGUGAUAUCGUUUUUGUGAACUUUUGGUAAAUUUUUGCUCCUUCUGUAACAGUUUAAACCAUUUUAUUUUUCAUUUUGCGACCUUUGAUCAGUGUACUUGUUCGACAGUGGUCUCACAAUUCAUUCCUCACAACUGAGCUGUGUGGUUUUCUUUAUCUCGGAUCCAGAACAAGUUCUAAGAAUUUUAAAUCCAAAAUACGUACGUUCUAUGAUUUCCCGGAAUUCAGCUCUUAACGCUAUUUUCCAUUUCUCCGGAUCUUAAAGGCUGUUUUCCACUAUACUAGGCGAAAUUUUUCGACCGAAUCGAAAUUUUCUUUUGUCUUACAAGCACUCAGAUGGAACUAAUCAGAAAUCUUUUGAAUUUGAACAAUAGAAAUUUCGGUUCGAUCGAAAAAUUUCGCCUAGUGGAAAACCGCCUUAAGGCUCAUUUCCACUCAAGAAAAAUUUCCACGGACAGAAAAUGUUCCGAAAAUAUUAUUGUUAGGGGUUGAAAAUUUGUUUUCCGACGGAAAAUGUGUGUCGGCCAAUCAUAUUUUUCUGCGGAAAAUGUUCCUGAGUGGAAAUGGGCCUUUAGACGAGUACAUGUAGCCAUGCAUGGAAAACGGUCAAAUUCUUAAUUUUGUAUAUGUAAUAAUUAUAUUAACUAAUUACCACUAAAUUAGUAAGCUCUAAUAAAUUCUACACUGAAGUUUUCAUAUAUCAUUUCAAUGGUUCAAACUUUUUCAAAAAUGAAACAAACAACUGCCUUUGCUCUAUACGGGGCUGUUCAUCCGGGCCAGCCUGGAUGAAUCAUAUGGCACGAAAUUUUUCCUGACCAUAAAAGUCGUUUUAAUGAACUUUCAAACAUCAUUAAUAAUUCAUAAGCUUAUUGGCAAAUCAUGUCAACCAUAAUAUGUCACGUGCAGUGGCUUUAAACCUGAUAAAACACUCCUAAUUAGUAUUCUUUAUAUAAUACUAAUAAGGCAGUAUCUUUUAUACAAAGAAUACUAAUAAGGCAGUAAAUCUAUUGAAUUUGUAGUCGUGUUUAAAGCCGUUUAAUAAACUCACAGGUCGUGUUUUAUUAGGUCUAAAGCCAUUCGCGCUGCGCGCUCGUGGCUUUAAACCUAAUAAAACACUCCUGCUCGUUUAUUAAACAGUACUUAUACCACUACCGGAAUCAGAUUAAGCUAAUUCAACUUUGAUAUGUCAUUUUGGAUGCUUAUGAAACCCAUGAUAAGAGCUUUCUUAAACGAAUGAUCACGGUUAAACGGGCCAGCCCGGCUCUAUAUGAACAGCCCCUAAGAACGGUUUACACUAGCCUGCAUGGCAGGCGGUUCCUAAAAUUGGGCAAGCCUGGGAAUAGACCGCCUGCCAUGCAGGCUAGGUUUACACUUGCGAUUUUCUUCCUUUGGUGGAUGAGUUAUAAAUGUUCAGGUGAGGGUACAUGUUCAGGUGAGGGUAAAUGUUCAGGUGAGGGUACAUGUUCAGUGAGGGUACAUGUUCAGGUGAGGGUACAUGUUCAGGUGAGGGUACAUGUUCAGGUGAGGGUACAUGUUCAGGUGAGGGUAAAUGUUCAGGUGAGGGUACAUGUGCUCAGAAAACUCGUCACUCAUCUACCCGUUCACACGCAUCAAAAGAAAAUCGCACUAGAAAUCGCGAAACACCAAUUCAAGUGUAAACAGGGCUUAAUAGGUAUAGCUUCCAUGCACUCUAAGCCUUACUUAUUAGAGAGGUUAAGAUUGACGUUUACGGCACACGAUGCCAGUGGUCUUCCCAAGUGUGAUAGCAAAGCACAUGGUGGACAGUUGUAAUAGUGAAGACAGUAUCGUGAGUGAGUUUUCCAUCAUUUCACUUUUAGGUUAAUGUAUAUAAUAAUUAUCAGCAAUUUCAUGCAGACGUGCAACCCACGAACCAGGCUUUAUAAUAGUGUCAAAACAGGCUGCGGAUGCCCAGUUCUAGAAAUUGAGCGAGACAUUCAUUGGAACAGACUGCCAUGAAUGUGCCCCCAUGGUGCUUUGCGAGCUUACUAAUCCGACAUAUUGGAGUCUUCAUCAUCCAUGGCUAUUUCUUCUUCCUUAAAAUUAUUAACUGCUGCCUGAAAAAGAAAGCA